AAAGCCGAAGAAGAAGAAGGAAAAACAACAACAACAACAACAACAACAAACAGAAGAAGUAGAGCAGCAGAUGGCAGCACUCACCUUUACAUAGGGGAGGGACGGGUAGAAGAAGACAUUGAUAAGGAAGUAGAGGAGGUCCCACCACGGUAGUGGUGUACCUAGAGAAGGCAUGGAGAGCCCGGAGUUAUCCUUUACUCUGGCUUAUGUAGUGUUCUCUCUCUGCUUCGUGUUUACGCCCAACGAGUUCCGUUCGGCCGGUCUCACCAUCCAGAAUGUGUUUUCGUCGUGGCUGGGGAGUGAGGACGUGGGCUUCAUCCAGUACCACGUGAGGAGGACCAGCAUCACCGUCCUGGUCCACUCCGCUCUGCCUUUAGGUUACUACAUGGGGAUGUGUAUCGCUGCUCCAGAGAAAAACCUGGGAUACAUUCACCAGGUGAGUGACAGCUGGAGAGCAUUUCUCCUCCUCUCUCUCUGCAUCCAGUUGACCAGCUGGACGCUUGUCAUCUACUGGUCUCGGCAUCACUGGCACAACCACCCAAUCAGCCGGGCCCUGCAGGCCCACAUACAGCCUCCUCACCCUGGCUGGGGCUCUGUGGCAUCCAGCAUCAACACUGAGUUCAGACGCAUAGACAAGUUUGCUACGGGGGCGCCUGGAGCCAGAGUAAUUGUUACUGACAGCUGGGUGUUAAAGGUGACCACAUAUCACGUCUACAUGGCCUUACAGACUGAAUGUCAUGUGACAGUGACAGAGUCCAGGCAGCACCAGCUGACUCCAGACUUAGCCUCCCCAGCACAGAUCUUGACCCUGAGAGUGGACAGCAUCAACCCUGCUGUCAGACCCUUUGAUAUCAGGCUCCUCUCUACAGAGUAUGCAGAGCUCAGGGAGAAGCUCCACGCCCCCAUCAGAAACUCUCCCAAUGUAGUGAUCCACCAGACCAUGAGUGAACUCUUCCUGGAAACAUUCCGAGCUCAGGUGGACCUCAAUCAACCGUACACACUCCCCAGUGGACAGGAGGUGGAGCCAUGUAUAGGCUGUAUGCAGGUUCCAGCAAACAGCAAGCUGGUCAGACUCUGCCAGGCAGAAGCAGCCGAUAACGAGUCCGAGUGCCAGCAGUGUUUCUGCAGACCUAUGUGGUGUCUGUCCUGUCUAGGUCGAUGGUUCGCCAGCCGCCAAGACCAGCAAAGACCUGAGACCUGGUUGUCCAGCAGAGUCCCUUGUCCCACCUGUAGAGCCAAAUUCUGUAUACUGGACAUCUCUGCGGUCCACUGAGACGACUAAACCGAUCCAAACAGACUAUUCCCGCUCAAAAUAAUGUGUGUUUAUGAGCAACAUUCAGUAGCAAGCUUCUGAGAGAGAAGCAGUGGACAGGACAUCGGACUGAACUUAUUCUGUGCUUUCAAUAAGGAGUGAUCAUGAAAAACGCUCUGAUAAAUUGUUUUGAACCUCAACAUGCUGUACACGGCAUGAUCAAUGUGACACUCUGAGAGGAAUGCUUGUUUGGGGUUUUACCCCGAUCAGAUAAGAGGGUUGAUAUCAGUGACGCUGGUCUCUGUGUGUCAGUAAGGCAUCCACAAUGUGUUUAGGUUUGCAUAAAGACGUCCAAGUGAACAAUGAAUAAAGAUGCCGACUGUAUGACAAGAGCCUGUAUCACUGUAUAUCCACUUCAGAAUGCUCUGAUGAGCCAACGUACAACUCACUCACUCCUACUCUACAUCAACAUGUAAAAGCAACUCAAGUGAUCACGUGGUUAUUCACAGGAAUAGCCAAUCACAACCAAGGAUUCAACUUGCAUCAUGUGUUCAGUGAUUCAUGUUAUCCUGCACAAGUAGAAGCAGAAGUGUUGAUAC